AGCGAGAAGAUCAGUGGAGCAGAAGGGACAAAACUUGAUGGAGACUUUCAAGAGAUGGAGAAGAAAAUCGAUGUCACUGGCAAGGCGGUGGCAGAACUCUUAUCCAAAGCUACAGAAUAUCUUCAACCUAACCCAGCCUACAGAGCUAAACUAGGAAUGCUGAACACGGUCUCCAAGAUCCGAGGGCAAGUCAAGGACACAGGAUACCCACAGACCGAAGGAUUACUUGGGGACUGUAUGCUCCGAUACGGGGGAGAACUGGGAGAGGACUCCACCUUCGGUGCUGCGCUGAUCGAUGUGGGAGAAAGCAUGAAGCAGAUGGCAGAAGUGAAAGAUUCCCUAGAUAUCACCAUCAAGCAGAAUUUUAUUGACCCUCUACAGCUACUGCAAGAAAAGGAUUUAAAAGAGAUUGGACGCCAUCUAAAAAAAUUAGAAGGCCGGCGUCUAGAUUACGAUUACAAAAGGAAACGUCUCGGGAAGAUUCCAGACGAGGAAGUGAAGCAAGCCGUUGAGAAGUUCGAAGAGUCCAAAGAGUUGGCAGAACGGAGCAUGUUCAACUUUUUGGAAAAUGACAUCGAGCAAGUGUGUCAGCUGUUAGUCUUAGUAGAAGCCGCGCUGGAUUAUCACAAUCAGUCUGCAGAAAUUUUGGAGGAUCUGCAGAGCAAGCUGCAAAAUCGGAUAAAUGUGGCUUCAAGUCGCCCUAAACGUGAAUUUAAGCCCAAACCAAUCACACGGACGCAUCUGGAAAUAAGCAAUGGUCAACCACACAAUGGAAUUUCCUUUAGUCCAUCAAUUAAAUCAUCAGGUUCUUCGUGUCACAUGGACCAGCCGUGCUGCCAAGCCUUGUACGACUUUGAGGCUGAAAACGAAGGGGAGCUGGGCUUUAAGGAAGGAGACAUCAUCACGUUGACCAAUCAGAUUGACGAGAACUGGUACGAAGGCAUGUUGAAAGGUGAAUCUGGCUUCUUCCCCAUCAGCUACGUUGACGUCAUUGUCGCCUUGCCGCAGUGAAUGUGUCCUUUUCACGCUAGUGAUGCAACCAAAAACAGGGUCUUUGCCCAGAGCGGUGUUUUCAUUUGUGCGGCGUACUACAAAAGCCUGUGCUUCCGUUGACCAACUUAACUGACUCUUUUUGUACGCGUCUUUUAAGAAAUAUAUUUAUUUUGUAUCCCUACAAUGUGUAUAUAAAUUAUUAAGCCCUUUUUUUCGGUUACCAGCAAAGAACAGCAGCCAAGCCCGAUCCUGUGCUUUUGUGCCUUGAAAAUCUCCCUGAGGCUUUUUUCUGAAAAUGAAGCUAUUAUGCCGAUUAUGGCAACAAGAAGCCAUGCAUCAAGUGAUGAAUUUUAUUUGUGGGUACCAUUUUUUUAGCUACCCUAAGUUUGUUCAUCAUUGAGCCACUACUGUUACCCUGAACUGAACUGUGAAAAGCUAAUAUUUACCACGUGCUAUAUCUUGACUAGAGAAGGAGGAUUACUUCCUUGAUAUUCCUGUAUUAAGUCCACGUUACCCUCAAACACUUAACUCUUCACUGACCAGA